AUGCCCGCCGGAAUCAACCCAGUCGGGCUUGCCUUCGUUUGCGCUCUCGCUCUGGCCUUCUGUAUUGGCCUGUCAGCUGCCGUCUACUACGCGUGGAUCCAACCCCUCAUUGCCCGCCAACGCCUGCAAGCGCAGCUGCGAAAGCGCUCGCGGCAGCUAUCCCCGACUCUCGUGGCGUCGCCGCAUCCGAACAACAGUGCUCUGAACACGCCUUCGCUGCAGCCCCCAUCGAAAGAUAUCGAGAAAGGAGACGAAUCUAUAUUUGUGGAGGAAGCGGACGCGUCAGUCGAGUCGGUCAACGACGCGCUACCCCUGCCGAAGCCUGCGUUCUCGUUCGUGAAGAAGGAAGGGCGAUUCUCGACAUCGUCAAGGGAUGGGAUGUGGUGGUUUGUUUAG